AUCGUUUCUUCAAUCUGUAGUAAAUUAUUUUAUUGGGCUUUAUAUACAGAGAAGGUUGAGCUCUUUUUCGUUGCAUAUGCGAGGUACCUUUUCUCUGCCUGGAAAAAAGUUAUGAUGAUCCGUAAACUACAAAGUGACAUCGACCGAACGCUGAAGAAGGUGAGCGAUGGAAUUGCAGAAUUCGAAUGUGUUCUUCAGAAGAUCAAUGCAGCAAGCACGGCCAAUCAGAAAGAGAAGCUCGAAACUGACUUGAAGCGGGAGAUAAAAAAGUUACAAAAAUUGCGUGAUCAAAUAAAAUGCUGGAUGUCCAACAGCGAGAUAAAGAACAAGGACCCCCUUUUAGAUUCGCGAAAGAAAGUAGAAUUGCAAAUGGAAAAAUAUAAAGAGUAUGAGCGCCGAUCCAAGAUGAAGGCGUACAGCAAAGAGGGACUUCAGCGAAUGAGAGAAAGAGAUCAGCCAUCACAAUGCAACAUCACAGAGUGGCUUCAGGAUAGAAUUAAAGAACUCAAGCGCCAUAUAGAAGUUCUGGAAAUGGAAUUGGAAGGUCUCGAUGCCAAGCGUCGUCGUGCCGCAUCUUCGAAGUUGCAGAGCCAUAACUUUCACCUGAACAACUUGGAAAAGUUGCUUCGCCGGUGGGAGAAUGAGCUAAUCGAUCGACAUUCGAUCGAAAGUGUAAAGGACGACAUUGAUUACUACGUGGACAAAAACAAGGACGUGGAUUUUGUCGAGGAUACCGGUAUUUACGACGGGUUGGGUCUCGACGUGAGCGAGAGCUACGAAGAAACCGAGGAGAAUGAAGAUGUAGGAGGAUUGACGAAUCUCGCAGAAAACAUGACUAUCGAUGUAAAACACAAAAAGUCAGAAUUGAAAAAAAUUGUAAUUUCAGAACCAACAGCACAGAGCGAGAAUUUGGCUGGUGAUGUACCAACGCCCCCUGAGCUGAUAUCUCCUUCUAGCACUGCUAUACCGCCGUACAGGCCGAUUGCCGAGUCGAGUGAUGACCACAAAAGAGCUGAUUCGCCUCAGCUGAGCAGCGCAACAGGACGGUCUGCGAAGGAUUCUGUGUCACCUCCUUCCGAACAGGAAGCGUCCCCGUCCCAAAAACAGCAGGAAAAUAGGACAGCCCAUGCAUCGCAAGAUCAGCUGCACAUUUUUAACAAGAAUGAGGCGUUCUCUAACCGCCGAGCACCCUCAGCUACCAGUCCCUUGACACAGUUGUACCCUCAGAAUAUAGGCGGUCAUACGACGGAUGCUCGACAAGGUGCUGCCAGAAAGCCCUCCAGUUCCCACAAAUCAUCAUCCUUUGUAUCCACCCCACCUCCCCAAACCCCUGAUCCGGUCCUUCCUCAAGCACCCUCACCCAUCCAGCACGUGUCGUCCCAUCUCCUUCCCCAUUCUCACUUCCCUUCGACCCAUUAUAUCAACUCUCCGAAGCCAAGCACACCCUACUACUUCAGCGAGCACGACCUAGACGUUGCCCUGUCAAAUAGCUACCAUCUCCUUCCAGAAUCCCCUCAACCCACCAGAACCCCUUCCACCUACGUCCCCUCCAACCCCUCGCCCACUCCCUCCUAUUACCCCUCAAAGCCCCCACCUGAUCUCCUAGACAGUCCAGCUAUGUUCGGAAAAUUCUCUCUAGACCUCCUUUUCUAUCUCUUCUACUACCGGCAAAAUACCCACCAGCAGUACCUCGCGGCCAAAGAACUCAAAAGGCAGUCGUGGAGAUAUCACACGAAGUACCUCACCUGGUUUCAGCGGCACGAAGAACCAAAGUGUAUCAAAGAAGACUUCGAGCAAGGCACUUACGUCUAUUUCGACUACGAAAUCGGCUGGUGUCAGCGGAAAAAAACAGACUUCACUUUCAACUACGCGUUCCUAGAAGGCUGUAACAACCCAUAACACAAAAAAAAAAAAUCAGCACCCCGUGUGUGCAAGAAGAGAGAGAAG